GCUGUGGAACUUGGAACUAUAGGCAAAGUGCUCGUGCUUCGAAAUCUCUAAAACAAGAUGGUGGAUGGUUCUUGUUAGGUACCAUCUAGUAGGUUAGAACGAAGCAAAACUUUAACUUUUCCUCAGGAAUAUGUGGUGAUAGUGUUGACAAGAAAGAUAGCCGUUUUAAAAAACCUUUACCUAAUUUAUUUGUAACGGCAUGAAGCCGCGGGGGAAGAGCCAAUACCAAUUGGCCGUAAUAUUAGUGAUCUUCAUAUCGGAAUACUUGAAUCCAGCAUCAGGAGCCGCAUGUCCAGGAUGUACAACAUCACAAUGUAUAUGCAAAGGCCAGAAAGGACCCACGGGAGAAGGAGGUUUACCUGGUUUAAGAGGACCUGAAGGCCUACCUGGAUUUCCUGGACCCGAGGGACCUCAAGGACCCAGGGGAUUCAAAGGAGAUUAUGGCAAGGAAGGAAGAUUAGGAUCAAAGGGAUACAGAGGGGAUGAUGGUUUACCUGGAUUUACUGGUGUACCUGGUGUUCCUGGUCAGAUUGGAUUGGAAGGACCAGUUGGACCAAAAGGUUAUCCAGGUUGUAAUGGAACAAAGGGAGAAAGGGGUUUUCCCGGACAAUCUGGUCUUCCUGGUCAGCCAGGUUUCAGAGGUAGAGGAGGUUUGCCAGGAUUGAAGGGUGAACCUGGUCUUUUAGGUGGUGUUGGUUUAGGAGGAGAAGGUGAACCUGGUGAAUCAGGUUUAGAUGGAGUGCCUGGACGACCUGGUCUACCUGGCUUCAGAGGAGAAGAGGGUUACCCGGGUCCUACUGGAGAUAUUGGUCCAGGCGGUGAGAAGGGCAGGGUUGGUGACAAAGGUAGUAGAGGAAGUCCAAAUAUGGGUUCUAAAGGUUCUAAGGGAGAAGCUGGUCAAAAAGGAGAUGCAGGAAAUCAGCCUGUUGUUAGUCAGCCACCAAUAGGCAUUAGAGAAGGUUUACCAGGAGAUAAAGGUAUCAAAGGAGAAGGAGGAAUGGGUGGAGGAAGAGGAGCAGAAGGUUUCCCAGGAAUGCCUGGUAUUCGAGGUUUACCUGGUCCUAAAGCUGUGAAAGGAGAUGCUGGUAAUUCUGGACGACGUGGUAAACGUGGUAAAGAGGGUGUACCUGGAGCAUACGGAUUAAAGGGGUCCACAGGAGACAAAGGUCUGCCUGGGUUAAAUGGUAUUGAUGGACCUAAGGGUAUGCUUGGUGACGGUGGUUACACUGGACGACAGGGAUCCCAAGGACCUCCAGGUUUACCUGGUAUUAUAUCUGAUAGGGAAGGCCGUGGUAACCCUGGUUCCCCAGGAAGACAAGGUCCUCCAGGUGCUCCUGGUAAGAAAGGAAAUGAAGGUCUACCAGGAGAAGUAGGUCGUGUGGGUCUACCAGGUCUACCUGGUUUCCCUGGUAUUGAUGGUAUUCAGGGAGAACCUGGUAUACCUGGUAUGUCAAUGAAGGGAGACAGGGGAAAUCCAGGUGUUCAAGGAGAGGAUGGUAAACCUGGUCAAAAUGGUCUACCAGGUUUACCUGGUAUUGGUGGAGACAAAGGUCAACCUGGUCAAACUGUUGUUGGUCCAGCUGGUCCAUCGGGAUUACCUGGUUUGGAUGGUCUUCCUGGUUUACCUGGAUUUCCUGGUGAUCCUGGUUUUAAUGGAGAUCCUGGUUUACCUGGCGAUGGUUUCUUUAGAGUUGGUAUCCCAGGUUCUCGAGGAAUGUCUGGUAAUCGUGGUUUACCUGGUCUGCAAGGACCUGAUGGUUUACCUGGUCUUCCUGGAUUUAAGGGUGAUCGAGGUGAUGAUUGUGGUUUCUGUCCUGAUGGUUUACCAGGACAAGUAGGAGAAGCUGGUGAUCCAGGUUUACCAGGUUUAGUUGGAUCAUCCGGUAGUCCAGGUUUACAAGGACCUAAAGGUGGUCCUGGUGAAAUAGGUUUGAGUGGAUUACCAGGUCAAGAUGGAAAUCCUGGUUUCCCUGGUAGAGAUGGAGGUCUUGGCUUACCUGGAUUGAAGGGAGAGAGAGGAGAAUAUAUUGGUGUAACCGAAAUAGAAUUUUAUCGUGGACCCAAAGGAAGGAAGGGAGAUCGUGGUUUUCCUGGUUUGCCAGGUAUUGAUGGUUCUAUGGGUACUGUCGGUCCCCGUGGUCCCCGAGGAUUUGAUGGCCUGCAAGGAAUGAAGGGAGAUACUGGUCAGCCAGGUGAUGAUGGUUUAGAUGGUUUACCCGGAUUGCCUGGUCUAGAAGGAGAGAAAGGAGAGAUCGGUGAUACAAUGAUAGGAGCCCGGGGUCGUAAAGGAGUUUCUGGUCUUCCUGGUUUAGAUGGUAUGCCUGGUAUAAAGGGAACAAAAGGUUUUAUGGGAGACCCAGUACCACUGAGAUUUUUAGAACCGAUAAAAGGUGAACCUGGUUUUGCUGGUAGAAGAGGUCCAAAUGGUAUGCCUGGACUACCUGGACUACCUGGUUCCAAGGGUGAAGAAGGUGAAGACGGUUUGCCCGGUUUACCCGGAUUAGAUGGUAUGAAGGGGGAUAGUGGAUUACCUGGUAUACCUGGUGGACGUGGACCCCAAGGUAUUAAAGGAUAUCCUGGUAUGGCUGGAUUACCAGGUUUUGAUGGUUUAGAUGGUCCUAAAGGUAUGAGUGGUGACGACGGUUUACCGGGUCUACCUGGAUUUAAGGGGUAUGCUGGAGAACCUGGUUACCAACCACGUGAAGGUAUACCUGGACGUCCUGGAGAGCCUGGACUUGAUGGUGGAGUAGGUCCUCCUGGUUUAGAUGGUCAAAGAGGUGCCAGUGGAUUCCCUGGAUUAGACGGACGACCUGGACCAAAUGGUGAUCCUGGAUUACCUGGUAUUCAAGGUAGACCUGGAUCCAAAGGACAGCCUGGUGAAUCAAUUUCAGGCCGACCUGGUUUACCAGGUCGACCGGGAGAGGAUGGAGCUCCAGGUUUGCCUGGAUUACGUGGUGUUCGUGGUGAUGAUGGUUUACCAGGAUUGCCUGGCCUUAAAGGACGAUCUGGUGAAGAUGGUCUACGAGGACGAGAUGGUUUCCCAGGAGACCAGGGACGGGAAGGAUUAGAUGGUGAACCUGGACUGGAUGGUUUACCCGGACGCCCAGGACUUGCUGGUGAAAAGGGUUCAGUUGGAUUACCUGGUCUACCUGGUCGAGAUGGUAAUGAUGGUCGACCAGGAACUGAUGGACCUAAAGGUCCUAGUGGGGAUGAUGGUUUACCCGGUUUACGAGGUGCUGAUGGUUUACCCGGACAAAAGGGCUCUGAGGGAGAAGAUGGAAAGAAUGGGUUUAAGGGUCGUGCAGGUGAUUCUGGUUUACCCGGUUUACCAGGAAUGAAAGGAAAUAGAGGAUAUGAUGGAUUAAAGGGUAUGGCUGGAUUACCUGGUGAAAAUGGUCUACCUGGUGAUAGUGGAAUGAAGGGUGAAUCUGGUCGAUCAUUCCCAGGAGAACGAGGUAGAGAUGGUUUACCUGGAUUGGAUGGUUUACCUGGUGUUGAUGGGCCACCUGGUUUAAAGGGUGCUAUUGGAGAUAAUGGACUUCCAGGGUUAGAUGGUUUACCAGGACCCGAAGGAGAUAAUGGUUUCCCAGGAGAAGAUGGUCGAGCUGGUCGCCCAGGAGUGAAAGGGGCACCUGGUCAAAGUGGUUUACCUGGUAUUUCUGGAGAACCAGGCCGUGAGGGUGAAGAUGGUCGCCCUGGAAGAGCUGGUCUUCCAGGUACUCGUGGUGAUGGUGGUAUUGAUGGGUUACCAGGAUUAGAUGGCGAACCUGGAGCACCCGGUGAAGACGGUCGACAAGGAUUACCAGGACUGCCUGGUCUAGAUGGCAGAAAGGGUGACAGUGGUUUACCUGGUUUUGAUGGUUUACCUGGAGAAAGAGGUCAACCUGGAGAUGAUGGUCUAUAUGGUCUACCAGGUCUCAAGGGUUUCCAGGGUGACUCUGGUUUCGAUGGACAGCCUGGUCGCCAAGGAGAAGUUGGAUUCCCUGGUGACGUUGGUCCUGAUGGUUUACCUGGUUUACCUGGUUUAGAUGCCCCUCCUGGUGAAAGAGGUCCAAGAGGUAUUGAGGGUUUACCUGGUUUUGAUGGAAUGCCUGGACUACCUGGUCUUGAUGGUGACAACGGUGAACCUGGAAGGCCCGGACGUAAAGGUCAAGCAGGUUUCCCUGGUGUAAGUCGUCCAGGAGAACGAGGUAGACCUGGUGACGAUGGUCUCCCCGGUUUAGAUGGUUUGAAGGGUGACAGAGGUCUUUCAGGUUUACCUGGCUUGCCUGGCACUGAUGGCUUUAAAGGUGAUCGUGGAUUCCCAGGACGUCCAGGUUCUGAUGGGCUACCUGGAGAAAGUGGUUUCCCAGGACCAUUGGGUGAUGAUGGUGUUGAUGGAGGCCCAGGCCGUAAAGGUGAACGUGGGGAGGAUGGUUUGCCUGGUCUGGAUGGUAGAGAUGGUGAAAGUGGUAGAUCAGGUUUACCAGGUCCUCAAGGGCUACGAGGAGACGAUGGUGUUCCAGGUCGACAGGGAGCAACAGGUGAUCAAGGUCCAUUGGAUUUUCAGAAUAUGACGCCAGGACAGAAAGGAGAGCCUGGACGACCAGGUCUGCCUGGUAUACCUGGUGAUGACGGAAGAAAAGGACCAAGAGGUAUUGAUGGUCUACCUGGAGGAUCUGGCCGAAAGGGAGUGAGGGGAAUACCUGGUACUCCUGGAUUUAAAGGCUAUAAGGGUGACGGUGGUCAGCCUGGAUUAUCUGGACUAGAUGGUAUGCCAGGUUUACCAGGUCCAGCAGGUUAUCCUGGUGAAAUGGGAACUAUUGGAAGAAGCGGUGUUGGACCAGGAAUACUUUUUACGCGACACAGCCAGUCUACAAAUAUACCAGAUUGUCCUCAAGGUACAACACAAAUAUGGACAGGUUACUCUUUGUUAUAUAUACAGGGUAACGGUAGAACACAUGGUCAAGAUUUAGGUCAACCAGGAAGCUGUUUGAGAAGAUUUAGUACCAUGCCAUUUAUGUUCUGUAAUAUUAACAAUGUAUGUAAUGUAGCAUCACGAUCAGACUACAGUUACUGGUUGGCUACCAUGGAACCAAUGACACCAAUGAUGGAUCCAGUCAGUGGUAGUCAAAUUAGUCCUUACAUCAGUCGAUGUUCUGUUUGUGAAACACCCACACCUGUUGUAGCUGUACACAGUCAAACUAUGAUAAUUCCUGAUUGUCCAGUUGGCUGGACCAGUCUUUGGAUUGGUUACAGUUUUGUAGUCAAUACCGGUGCCGGAUCAGGUGGAGCUGGUCAAUCACUUGAUUCCCCUGGUUCCUGUUUAGAAGAUUUCCGUUCUAGACCAUUCAUUGAGUGUCAUGGAAAAGGCACAUGUAAUCAUUAUGCCACUAGUUUUACCUUCUGGUUGGCUACAUUAGAUCGUCGUGAACAAUUUGGUGCCCCUGCAGCAGAAACUAUAAAAAGUGGAGAUUUGAGACGUAGAAUAAGCCGUUGUCAAGUGUGUAGAUUAGAUCGUAGAAGUCGACCAGCAAAUUUUAGGUUUAAUAACAAAUAAAUAAACUUGUAGCAGAAUUUUUUUUUGUUGUUUAAAAAAUCUGUUUUGUCAACAUUUGUGAUCUCUGUCUCUUGUUUGUUUUGAAAUUUGGAAAAAAACGGAUAAGAUCUAUGUGAUCCUUCUGUAAAUAUUCCUAAUGUUUAUUUUUUCAUUGGGAGUCGUCAUUUAGUAUAAAAGGUCAAUAUUUUUCUGCUAUAUAUAUUAUUGUAGAUAGUUAUGUAUGUGCAGUUACUGUCAUGGCAACUUGAUUUCAAUAUGGUGCUAUAUUGUUUAUGAUGAUGUAUUUUGUGUACAUUUUGACAGAAUAUACUCUGUUGCAAGAAUGUUGUGUUAUUGGAUAUAAGCAUUAUUACCUAUUAAACAAAAUCCCCCCCUUUUUGUAUUAUAUAUUAGUGUUAGAAUAUCGAUUUCCAGGUAGUUAGAAUGUAUUAAGUUUACAUUUAUAAUAAUCAUAAGUACAUACAUGUAAAAAGACACUGCCAUUUAUGGUAAGGCUACACCAAUAUUGUUAAAUGUUUUAGGUAAGGGUACACAAGAUAAAAUGCAAAGAAAUGAAAGCUGCCUAGGAAAUAAUAGUUCAUAAAUUUUGUAUUAUGUUAAGAUUCAGGACCACCUAAAACAUUAACUGGAAUUUGUGUAGCCAUUACUUUUACUUGUGAUACAGCCAGAUUAUGCCUUAAAUUUCUUUACUUACUGUUUUUCUAGAGAGUUCUACCAAUAAUGUGCCUAAAUAACAAUCCCUCCAUUUAAUGUGCUAAAUUUUCUGAAGAGGUGAUUGAUUUUUUGUUAUAUUUUUGUGUAAUUAUUAUAAAUGUUCAUGUCGCCUUUAGUGCAAUACCAGUAAGUAAACUCUUUUAACAUUAGAAUUGUAGAUACAGAAACAACAACAAAUUGUUUUAGUGUGUUUCUUAUUUUCAUAGAAAAACAUUUUACACUAUUAGGUUAUCAAUUUUUUAAACUGAAACCACCAUUUUAUAUGUUAUGGAUAUUGGAUUUCUUAAAAUUACAAAGCAUAAUAUAUUUUAAGGCAAAUUGAUUGUACAUUAGCUAAAUAUUAAUUAGAAUGAAUUUAGCUGUCCAUGCACUUGUUUUAAGAUAAACCUUGAUUUUCUUUAUUUUUUAUUCUAUAGCAAGACUGUACCAUUCAGUAUUGGCUGAGCUCAAACUUUGUUUUGAUAAAUUUGUAAUUAUUGUGCUAUUAAAGAUCAUGUCACAAUUUUA